AUGACCAAGGCCGAGCAGAAGAAAGCUGUGCAGUUCACUCGCAUGUGCAAGUUCUGGCGGACGAACGAAUGCAAGAUGGGGACGGACUGCACGUUUGCCCAUGACACUGCCGAGUUGCGGCCGAGCCCAAAGCCAUGCUUCGAGUUCUCCAAGACCGGCUCCUGCGUGCGCGGGCAGGCAUGCAGAUUCGUUCACCUGGCGGAUAGCAAUCGUGGCAAGAAGAGCGGCGGCAAAUCCAGCGGCUUGCGCGUGAGCGUGCAGCAGGCGGGCGCCAGGCAACAUCCGCUUGCGGGCGCCAGCGGGUGGCCGGUGGCAUGUGCACCUUAUACUCCAGCUGGCGUGAGCACCCCGAUGCCGGAACUCGACCAUAUGCUGCCCCCCCAGCCAAGCGUUGUCCCGAGCCCCUGCUUCCGCCUGCCACCCGGACUAGACGACGCAGGCUUGAUGGGUGUUGGGGGAAAUGGUGCGUGCUCCACCGUGAAGUUGAUGUCGGACGGAGUGUCGCGCAGCUCCAGUUUCAGCGAUGCCCCACUGGGUUUGGAGCAUCUACUGUCAAUCCCCAAGGCAGACCCUGACGAUUUGGCCACGCACAGCUGGACGUCGACCAUGUGCCUGAGCUCUACACCAUCGAGCUUCAGUGAGUCGGACGGUCCUGAAGGGACAUCUUUUUGGUUGUGA